AUGAUACAAGAGGCGUAUCGUAAGGAUGUGGAGAGAGCUUUUGGAAUUCUUCAAGCUCGUUUUGCAGUUGUAGCGAGGUCUGCCUGCCAAUGGUACCGAGAAGACAUUUGGGAGGUACUGAAGACUUGCAUAAUUCUUCACAAUAUGAUUAUUGAAGAUGAGCGUGACCAAGACGACAUAACUCCUGCUGAGAACACACCAUAUCAUGUGGAGGAGGCUCUGGUACCGCAUGAACAUGGAUCACGCAAUAUACAAAUUCAAUAA